ACAUAUUGUAGCUAGGUUGAUUAUCAUAUUUAUGUACACUACUAGUUGUGGGUUUUCUUAGAAUAGAAUGAAGAUAAUAUUUGCCAUUUUAUUAAUUUUUGUCUUUACUGAUAAGACAAUGUCUUUUCGGACAUCUGAGCCUGAUGGAUGUGGUCCCAAUGAAACAUUCACAACAUGCGGAUCUGCUUGUUCAGAAAAAAAUUGCGAAGAGGUUCUUACCUCUUCCUAUAAACGAAAUUGUUUACAAGUAUGCAUUAUUGGUUGCUUUUGUAAUGCGGGAUACAUCAGAAAUACAUCAAUUGGGAAAUGUGUAAAAAGUUGUUAAAGAAUUGAGAUCUAUAAAUAUUUAUAUUCUUU